UUCCGAUUAUUUUGGUGGCUCUUGAAGUAGCGUGGAGUUGACUACAAAUGGUAGAGCUGAGAGGAGCAAGAGUCAAACAUUUAUUUCAAGAAGCCAGGUGUAAAUGUAAACUAAGGUCGCGUUUACAACCAUAACAAAGGAAUACAUGUCCACCCUCUAACUUCAGGUCUUCAGAGAAACUGGCACAAUUAUGACGAGACUAUCAGCUGGGUGGUUCAGCUAGCUAGUUAGCUAUUAGCUUGAUAAUGUAAAGCUUGUGAACAGGUACAGGUGUUUCCAAAAAAGCAGACACAGACCAACCUAACUUUGUCUCUAUCUUUCUUCUUCCAAAGCAGAGUGUGCAUUUUAAUUCCAGUGCUUACUCACAUGUUUUGAGUUAUUGUUUAUUAAAAAAGUUUCAUCUGCUAGGGAAGAUUAAGUGUUGUUAACCUGCAGGAAGUAACUACUUAAUAGUUAGUUUUGGGACAUACACAUUAUACUUGUAUUUAUUUUGUAAUGCAAUACUUUUUUUUAACAUUUUCUAUUGUCUUAUGUUGCAAAAACAAAUAAUUUUUCCAUUAAGUUAUUGAGUGAUUGGAACUACUUACUUUCUACAUUCAGAUAUCAUAUCAACAAAAAACAGAGGCUUAUGUAUUUUCAACUCAACAGCCUAACAUGUAACAGAAUACAAACUGAAGAAUUCUAAGGUGGCUGCUCCCUGUCUGUGAAAAUGUGCACUAUCCACUCAGUGUUAGUUUUUGCUGUAGUGGCAGCAACAAGUUUCCCUCCUGCACAUGUCCUGGAGUCCUGUCCAAGUGCUGACCAUGACUGCCACGGUCAUGACACCUUCAAAUCCAGGUGGAACAUGAGUGCAUCAAACCUCAUAAAGGAUCUGGACCAGUUCAGUGUGUCCUGCAAGAAGCUCAUAGAAUCAUUUCCAGUGGAUGAGGUUGAUGGUAACUUUGUCCGCACCGUGAAGAACUGUAUUUUCUCCAAAUCUAUUCCAACACCACUGAAGGGCCCGUUAAGACUGGCAGCAGUUUCCAAGGAUGUCAUUGAAGGCAUCUUAGAUUUAGACCUGGCUGCAACUCAGUCUGACGACUUCCUCAAUUACGCCAGCGGUAACCGCCUGCUGCAAGGAUCUGUACCUCUUGCACACAGAUAUGGAGGCCACCAGUUUGGAUACUGGGCGGGUCAGCUGGGUGAUGGCCGAGCACAUUCCCUGGGUCAGUAUACAAACAGGAAAGGAGAGGUGUGGGAACUGCAGCUCAAAGGCUCUGGGAAAACACCUUACUCAAGGUCAGGAGACGGUCGAGCUGUGAUUCGUUCGUCUGUAAGAGAGUUCCUGUGCAGUGAAGCCAUGUUCUCUCUGGGAGUUCCAACCAGCAGGGCUGCCAGUCUUGUUGUCAGUGAGGAGCCAGUGUUCAGGGAUCAGUUCUACAAUGGCAAUAUGAAGACAGAGAGAGGAGCUGUAGUCCUCCGUUUAGCCAAGUCCUGGUUUCGGAUCGGAUCUUUAGAAAUUUUGUCUCAAAGUGGAGAGGUGGAUCUCCUGAGAAAGCUGCUGGACUUUGUAAUUAAAGAACAUUUCACUUCCAUCGAUUCAGAUGAGCCAGAUAAAUAUUUGGUGUUUUAUUCCACGGUUGUGAAUGAAACUGCACACCUGAUAGCACACUGGAUGUCAGUUGGUUUUGCACAUGGUGUAUGCAACACGGACAACUUCAGCCUCCUCUCCAUCACCAUCGACUACGGGCCGUUUGGCUUCAUGGAGUCGUAUAACCCCGAUUUUGUCCCCAACACGUCUGAUGAUGCGGGCAGGUACAGAAUAGGAGCUCAGGCUGACGUUGGAUUAUUCAAUCUGGAGAAGCUCCUGGUUGCUCUGAAUCCUGUGCUCUCCAGAAAACAGCAGAGAGAGGCUAAGAUGAUUUUGAAAGGGUAUGGUGAGAUUUACCAGUUUAGGAUUCAGCAGCUAUUUAAAGCUAAACUGGGACUUCUGGGUGAAGAAGAGGAAGAUGAUGGCUACCUCAUUGCCUUCCUGCUGAAGAUGAUGGAGGACACUCGGUCAGACUUCACCAUGACGUUCAGACAGCUCAGUGAGGUUUCAGACCAACAGCUUCACCACUGGAACUUCACACAGAUGUGGGCUCUUGAAGAUUUGUCAUCCCAUGAGCUGUUCUCUGAUUGGCUCAACUUGUACCUGCUGCGGCUCAGCAGGCAACAAAAUGAGGGUGAAGUGGAUCGCCAAAACAGAAUGAAAAAUGUGAAUCCUCGAUACGUGCUGAGGAACUGGAUGGCAGAGUCAGCUAUAAGGAAAGCUGAGAAUAAUGAUUUUUCUGAGGUGGAGCUACUGCACCGUAUCCUGUCCUCUCCGUUUGUUACACAAGAGACUGCAGAGGAAGCGGGUUAUGCAGCAAGACCUCCACAGUGGGCGAGAAGGGUAAAGGUCAGCUGCUCCUCCUGAAAGACACCUGGAUGUAGAAUAGAUAGUCAAAUUAAUAAAUUAUAAACCAUA